UUUUUUUUUAAAAAAAAUAUCUGUAUAUUGUUCCUUUUUUUUGUGCUUGUUAACAAUUGAAUCAAAAUGUCUUGGAUUCAAACAAAUACAUUAUAUGUUUCGGCAUCACUAUUUUGUUUACCAUUACUAGUAUUAUGUAUCUUUAUAAGUUUGCCCUUUUUAAUCUUUAUUACAGUUAUCCUGUACCUGAAUGCAUGGUUCACAUAUUAUAUGCACGCACAAACUGAUAUAACCAGUUUAAAAUUACCUUUAAAUCCAAGCCGAAUCAUGAAAAUUAAUCUGGCAGCAUUUGAUUUCUAUCGGGGUUGGAUAAAGUGUACACCUUUAGUCAUCUCUUAUCUGUAUUGGCGGUUUUGGGAAAUAGGUUCAUCACAACGUUUUAAACAAAUUGUGAGUUUAAAUAUUCCAUAUUAUGGAAAUUGUAAAUUAGAUAUUUAUCAUCCAGAAAAGAAAACAAAAGGACGACAAGAAGAAAAGAAGAGGUUAUUAUCUCCUAUUGUAAUCUUUAUUUAUGGUGGUGGAUGGGGCUCUGGUAAUAAAAUGAUUUAUUCUACCUUGGCAAAUACUUUACGUGAAUUAGGUUAUGUUGUUAUUGUACCUGAUUAUCGUAAAUAUCCAGAAGUUAAGAUUAAUGAAAUCUACAAAGAUAUACGUGAAGCUAUUAAAUGGAGUUAUAAGCAUGCAUUAGAAUUUAAUGGUGAUCCGGAGCAAAUCUAUCUUAUGGGACAUAGUGCAGGUGCUCAAUUAGCAGCACAAGUUGUCUUAUCAGAUGUAAUUGAGCAAGUUAAAUAUGAUCAAGAUAUUCAUUCAAAUCAAGAAGCUAUAACUCCACCUAAUACAAGUGAAAAGCAUGAUCCAAUUAUGGAAAAAAAGAUAGAUCAUCUUUACAAACAUCAUAUGUUAUUUAGUAAAGAUAAAUCAAAUGAUUUCUUACCACUUGUUGAAGGCUUAAUAUUAUUUUCUGGCGUUUAUGAUGUUGCAUCACAUUAUAUUCAUGAAACAUCAAGAGGUGUAGAAACAAUAUCAGCUAUGGCAAGAGUAAUGGGAAUGACAGAGGAAGGAUACGUUGCAAACUCGCCUCUUCAUCUGAUUGAAACGAAUUCAACCUUAUUUUCUAAUUCAGAAGAGCUUUUAGAUUUAUGGCCUAGAAUAUUAUUUGUACACGGACAAAAGGAUCUAACAGUUGGUAUGGAUCAAACGGCUAAUAUCUUUAAUACCCUUGGUCAAGUAUUUCCUUUUGAACGUCGACAAGAAGUAGAUGUCAGAAUGAGAUUAUAUAAGCGUAUGGGUCAUUCUGAUCCUAUAUUAUGUCUUAUGCCAAAUCUAUUUUAUAAAAAUAACGAAAAACAAUUAAUAUUAAGAGAUAUUCAAGAAUUUAUUAACUUGUCAUCAUUACAAUAAUAAAUAAAUUUUAUAAACUUGAUAGGAAA